CACAUCUAAAUUCGCCGUAAAAACAGCUGAGCUGCACAACUGUCAUUCGCACGUUUCUCUACCUGUUUACAGAUCCAACAAUUUCAUUCAAUAAUUUGUUGUUCUUUUUAGAAAACCAUAAGAAACAUGACUGAGAAACGAGAUUUAAAUAAUGAGUUGAUUUUGAUGAAAAAGACCAUUCAGCAAGCAAAAGUGUGUGUCAUCGGAAAAUUGGUACGAAAAUUGAAAAAUCUUACCAACCGUCCCGGCAAAGAAGUGACUGGUUUAAAGUUGAUUGUGAAAAGGAAACGAUUGACCGAACAAAUCAAUUAUUUGAAGAAAACUCCAAACUUCGAGCUUGCCACCUUAGCUUUAACGUUCGACAAAAAUCCUGCGAAAAUUAUCACCAGCCAAUUAUCGUCCAUCGAAGAUGCAUCGUUGGCCAUCAUUGUGACAUACAAAACGGUUUGCGCCAAGGUAAACGAAAUUAAAACCAAAUUCGGUCUGAACGAUGGCGGUGAAGAGUGGCGACAAACAGUCGGUGAAAUCGGCAAAAAGAAGAAAAAGAAAAUGGACCGCGAAACGAAUAAGGUACAGAACAAGGAACGGAAAGAGGCGCACAAGAAGCACAAUGAAUUAGUUAAGAAACGCGAUGAAUGGCUGGGCGAAAAUAUGGAAGCUAACGGCGACACAUCCGGUACUGACGAUGAGGAAAAUGUGUUGCCAAGCCCAAAAGUUAAGCGCGAGAAGCGAAAAGCAACCGAUUUCAUCGUCACAGACAUCAAAACCAAAACUCCGGCGAAAAAGAAACCAGCUCCAGAUAACCUUAAGACAGCCGAUCCAUUUUUCCUCACAGGAACCGGUGAAACGUAUCUAGCGACGAAAAUAGUCGAUCGUAUACAGCCGCAUGGACCAAAUGAUGGUUUGGAUCGAAAGGAACGUCGUGCACAACAGUUCGGUGGAGCGCCGAAAACCAUUCCGAAAAGACAUGGUGUCCCGGCAGGACCGAGUACAUCACAGAAAUCUGUCAUAACGCCAGACAAUCUGCAUCCGUCAUGGGCGGCGAAGAUGAAAUCCAAAGGCAUCGAUAAGUUUGAAGGCAAAAAAAUGAAAUUCGACGACGAUGAAACGUCCAAUGUAGUUAGGAAAAGUGUAGCUCCUCAGCCCAGUCAACCGAAAGAAGAUCAAGAGAAAAUUCAUCCGUCGUGGGCGGCCAAACAGAAACUGAAACCGGUCAUAUCCGAAUUUAAGGGAAACAAAAUCGUGUUCGAUGAUUAAAUGUUUGUUCAAACUCAAGUA